GCAUUUUUACUACCACGGUUAUUGCCACAAAUCAAGAGGGCAAAGUGAACGGUAUGGGACUCACACCAACUCUAACGAAAUUCAGUCUGGUUCCUAUUCUGCGAUGUUCCCGGCCAAGAAUUUUACAUGCAGAUGAUGCCCAGCAAGGGGAAAUGGGAAGAGCAUUUCUAGGUGUAUCCUGAAUUGGUUUGAUUUUGCAAACUCAUAGCCAAACUCACAACAAAACAUGACAAGCCUCUCGAGGUUUAGUGGCUGCCCUCUCUCUUGCGUCAACCCCGGGGAGAGCAAUACUGAACCCAGCGUGGUGCUGCCACCUUUGGCAGGAGAGCACAUGGGACACCCCACCGGCAGUUCCUUAAAACUCUGCCCCUCGCACACUUUGCGAGACUAUGCCGAGACGAGGUCCAGUGCUUAUGCUGACCACUCGGUUCCCAGUUUUUCAGACUCUGGAUACCACAGCCCUGGGGGCAUCAUCAUUGGAGCCAAUCUUUCUGGAGCCGGCAUGCCACCCGUCACUGAUCAACUGGCAUCAAGAGCUAACCAACAUGGCGGGAUUGGAAGGUAUCGUGACUUUGCUGGCUGCAGAGACAACAGAAGCCAUACUUUUUUCACAAGUUACCAGGAGCAGGCCCACGCCUCCGCCGACGCAUCUCGAGACCUCACAGGCCAGAUGAUGCUGGGGCUGCCCAGCGACCUCCUCGCCCGGACUCACACUUAUGGCCAAACCAUCAGCCCCAAGGGAAACAGCCAGCAGCUCGUCACCCAGUUCCUGGGUCUCUACAAGCCCCUGAACAUGGCAAUUCAGCGCGGAGGAGCGGACGCUUUCCUCAGGUGCUCCAAGCAGGCGGUCAAGCACGAGCUGGUGUGCAGGUGGAGUGACGGCAAAGAGGGGCCCGGGAAGCUGCCCUGCUCCAGAGCCUUCGGGACCAUGUAUGAACUUGUCACCCAUGUGACAGUGGAGCACGUCGGUGGAACUGAGCAUUCUGAGUAUGUGUGCCACUGGGAGGACUGUGCGAGGGACGGGAAGCCUUUCAAAGCCAAAUACAAGCUGGUGAACCACGUUAGAGUCCACACAGGGGAGAAGCCUUUUCCCUGCCCCUUCCACGGCUGUGAGAAAGUUUUUGCAAGAUCAGAAAAUCUAAAGAUUCACAAGAGGACUCACACAGGUGAAAAACCUUUUAAAUGUGAGUUCGAGGGCUGCAGCCGGAGAUUUGCGAACAGCAGCGACAGGAAGAAGCACUCUCACGUGCACUCCAGUGACAAACCCUACAUGUGCAAGGUCAGAGGCUGCGACAAGUGCUACACCCACCCGAGCUCUCUGCGAAAGCACAUGAAGCUCCACUGCACCAAGGCCCACGUCGCCAAAGGUGGCGAAGCGCGUCCCGGUGACGAAGAUGACCGGACCGCGGAGGGCAGGGCGACCCAGAUCAGUCCCCCGCAUCCACCCACCUCCACUCAGGAUGUCCCCCUGUCCCCCGAGAGUCGAGACGACUCGACCCCGAUGUCACGUUUCCAUCACGCGUUUGACAGCAGCUUGGACUACUCCGCGCACAGGUCGCAGCCCCUCCUGGACCCUUUGCUGUUGCAGAGAGGCAGCUACAGGUCCCAGUCCUCCCAGUACCACUGCGGCCAAACGGGGCACAGUUUUGGCCAGACAUCGCGGACUUUCCCUCCCUCCUCUCCCUUUCAGAAAAGCAUCGUGAACGGAUGGUACACGUGCCACAGCGGCGUGGACUCCUUCCCACCAAAGCAGUGCAACAUCCCCACAAUGUGAGGUCCUGCUUGGUGGGACAGAAACAUCCAGCCUGAGACCCAGAUGUUCUACAGAUGUUCCCGUGUUUCUUUCUAAUUUCCUGUGAAUGUUGUAGGUUGUGAUUCAGCCAAAAUCUUGCUUUGCGCUGCGCAAAUUGCGCAGCGUGGCAUUUGUUGUUGUUGUUAUUGUGAGGCCUGUUUGGUUCUGCUAACCUUUAAAGCAGCUUCUCACCGUGUUGCAUAACGAUUUAAAGCAGCCUGUCUAUGAAAGAUUGUUUAAAGCAUAUUUUAAAUCCAAAUCCUUAUCAGCGUGUUCUUUUAAUGGGAAAUGAAAAAAUGGGUGGAUAAAUAAAUAAGUCUUGCAGAAUGUAGCCCUCACUGUAGGGGUCUUUGUUCAAUGUAAACUAGGUGUAGUGUAUGUCGAGAUGAAUAGAAAAUAUAUUCAUGACUUAUGUAUGUCGCAAGAUGAAUAAUUAUCUGGAAGAUCUUUCUCUCCACUCACAUUUUGGAGAUCUAACAAGCCUGCGUGGUGGGCCCGGAGCAGGAUUUGACUGUAAUUAAAGAACCGGCAGGCUCAUUAUUAUUAUUUCCUUCUUCCCUUGAUUAAAUUCAAAUCUUCGCCCCUCUUUUUUCAUUAAACAUCCUUGUAAUGUGUAAUAUAUGUUUAUUUCACAUUUCUGUGCAGUAAAACCACAGUGUUCGUGUUAAUGGUAAAACGUUUCAUUAGAAUACAGCUCCGCUGUACUGUACAAUUAAUUAUGUACCUUAUAUUUUAUUAAAUUGUCUUCCCUUUGAUCAGACGUGCGUGACAUCACCAACUCAGUUUCUUCGAUUCACACUUCUUUUUUAUUUCUUAAAAAAAAAAAAGAUUUUAUUCGUUAAGUUUGCAAAUCUCGUGCAGCUCGUGGACCCACCGCCUGGAAACAUGUCCCACAGAGAUCUUCUAUAUUCUUUAUUAAAGGAAUUUCAGUCAAAUCACGUGUGCAACGUGAGAACUUAAAUCAGCGAAAAAAAAACAAAUUAUCCUCUUGAAAUGUGUCCUAAUUCCACUAUAUAUAUAUAUAUAUAUAUAUAUAUAUAUAUAUAUAUAUAUAUAUAUAUAUAUAUAUACAUACAGUAUGUAUGUAUGUACAUUACUGUUUUACCAAAAGAAAAAGAAAUAGGUCACUCUGAAACGAUGAAGACUCUUCCCUUUAUGCCUGAUUUAAUUGUGUUUUUUCCUGCUCACCUUCUUAUUGAACACGUGUUUAUCGUGUAAGCUGCUUUAAAACAGAGUUUCCCCUUCUUUGAAUCCAUUAAUAGUAAAAUGUUUGACUCUCUUGGUUUCACUGACACAAUUGUUUGCAUAGAUUUUGUUCCUCCUGGAGUUCAAACAUCAGCAAACACCUCAUUAUUUUACAGGAAUGAGACAAAAAAACUCCUUCUUUUCUUCCUGCAGAGCAUGAAUUCCUGGUGCAGACUUGUUCUCAUUGAGAUAUGUUUGUUAUUAGGUUGCUGUAAAAUUACACCUCUACCUAAAAAUAAUCACAAAUAACCCAGAUCUUUAAAGAUAAUCUAAUUAGAACAAGUUUUUUUUGUUGAAAACACUUUUUAACCUGUAAAAUUCUUUAAUGCAACAUUUUUAUUUAUUUUGAUGUGAAAGCAGAUGGAUAAUUUCCAAGGUUUUAAAUGAGUUUAUUUAAAAUUUGCAGUUGUAAAUGAUUGGGAUGAACCAUCCAGUGCAACAUUGUUGUUCCUCUGGUGCUUUUAUUUAAAUAUUAUUUACAACCCAAGCAACAAAAACCCAGAUGCUUUUUGUGAAUAAAGUGUAUAAAGAAAAUGACAUAAUUUUGCUCUGCUUAUUACAUUUCUGAGCUCAACAGAAAUAAAUCACACUCACGUGUUUACAGUAUCUGGAGAUGCUGUCUAUGA